CCUGGCUGUGUUGGUCUAUACAACAUAGCCAUGAAGAUCACCAUCUUUUUGCUGAUGCUCCUGAAAGAAGUCCAUGCCAAUGUCCAACCGCAGAAAAACUUUGACCUUCAGAGGUUUGCAGGGAGGUGGUAUCGGGUCGGUCUGGCCUACGAUUCUCCAGGUUUUGUGCCACACAGAAGCAAAGUCACCAUCUCUAUGGGCACAGUGGAGCCACAGGACAAUGGAAACGUCAACAUGACCAUGUGGAGUUUAACUUCAUCUGGUUGUAAGCAAAAGAUCUACAUUUAUGAGAAGACGUCUGUGUCCGGCGUAUUUAACUACUACAGCACUCGUCACAGAAGGAUGAAAGAUGUUACCGUGGUGGACACAAACUACAGCGAAUACGCCAUGGUCGUCAAACACAAGAAGAUGAACAAGGAAUACACACAAGUGUCUCUUUAUGGUCGUGCUAAGAAGUUGAGGGCUGAUUUGAUGGAGAAGUUCAGAGCAUAUGCAACAGCUCUAGGAUUCUGCAAAGAGUCCAUACUGACUCCACCAGCUGCCAGAAACUGUCCUCCUAAAGAAGUCAAGUAAGCAAGAGCUUCAUAGACCCCACAAACCUUUUACAUUUAAAAAAUAAGUCGUGACAUUUCUAGUAGCUAUUGGUUCAGUUUAGCAGUUAUUAAUAGUUUGUAUUGACUAUCUUUUUUGCUAUCAUUUUAUCUCAAUUUUUUUAAGCUUGUUUGUGACUUAGUUAUGUAUAUUU